GAACACAUCUUGUCCUGGAGUGUACUGAGCAAGCGAGUUUGAUCAGUUCUCCAUGACCGGAGUCCCAUUUUAAAGGACACUUUACGCACCACAAAGUAACCCAGGAGGCGUUGUUCCCAGACCAUGACUCUACUUUGGACUGUCCUACUGGUCGUCCUGAUGACCUUUCUGAAUCUGUCCUACGGUGCAGACACAGACAUCAGGGUGCCUCGUGGCAAAAAGAGGCAGAGCUCAGCUGGAGGGACCAACACCCUUCAGCACCCUCUACAGGCUCUACAGGGAUACAGCAGUGACCAUAGGAGGCAGGGGCGUCACGGGUCACGGGGUACAAAAGCUGGUUUACUGUCUCAGCGGUCUUUGCAUCCUCUGGGGCAGCCUGAGGACGAGGGACCGGGGCUGGAGGGCAUGAGUCCGGUCCUCGUGGAGAUGGGACCAACACGGGACAGAGACAGAGGGCGAACGAGUCACAACAACCUACUUGAGACCAAGAAAGGCAAAGGUCAUGGGAAUGGACAAGCACCCCACAUGGAGCACAGGAGACAAGGCCAUAAGGGGAAACAUAGUAAAGGCUUUUCCCCAGGUCUGGACCUCAGUGCUUCUCUGAAGGACAGGGAUGUUUUUGAGGAUACCCCCUCCUCAGGCCUGACCCUACCCAGUGACCCCCCCUCCCCCAGCAACACCAGCGCCUUCGUCUUCGGCUCGGGCUCUUCUAUGGUUACCACGGUUACAAACGAGCAUCCUCCAACGCUGCCCCCGGCCUCUACCAAACCGCAGAGAACAGGAAAAGGCAAGAGCCAGGGAGACGUAAUGCCGACUCUGGACAUGGCUCUUUUUGACUGGACAGACUACGAAGACAUGAAACCAGAUACAUGGCCAUCCUCAAAUAAAAAAGACAAGAGGCGUACUAAAAACCUCAGUAAUGGAAAUGUUACUUCAGAUUUGGUUGAGCCAUGUGACCAUCACUUGGAUUGUCUUCCAGGUUCUUGUUGUGACCUGCGGCAACACGAGUGUAAAGCACACAACCGAGGCCUCAACAACAAAUGCUAUGACGACUGCAUGUGCGAGGAAGGUCUGCGCUGCUAUGCCAAGUUCCACCGGAAGAGGCGUGUAACUAGGAGAAGGGGGCGCUGUGUAGUCCCAGAAACAGUCAACAGUGACCAAGGAGGCUUCAUCACAAUUUGAGCGACAAAAACACAGAAGAAGAC